AUGGAGAACAUAUUUUCUGGAAGGACUUUUGCGGUCACGGGUGGCUUUGCGGGCAUUGGACUAGCUGUGGUGCAAAGCUUGAUACGACUGGGAGCCAAAGUCCACGCCAUCGACAUCGCUCCAAGCGCUCCAGCCGAACUCGAAAAUCACUCCAGCGUAUUUUGCACGCCCAAUGGCAAUGUUUCCGACAUAGCUGUCUGCAAAGCCUUUGUCGACAGCAUUCCCGGAGAUAUUCAUGGGCUGGUCAACUGUGCUGGAGUGUCUCCAUUCGAGGACAAGCUUGCUUCCUACGACUUAUAUCGACAAAUCAUGGAAAUAAACGUCACUGGUACGUGGGCCAUGGCCACUGAGGUGAUACGCCGCAUGCUUGAGCAAGAGCAGCUUCAAUGCGCGGCAGGGUGUGGCAUAUUCACCACGGCGGAGAAGUCACUCGGUCAAGGUUCGAUCAUCAACGUCUCGAGCGGUGGAGGCUUCAGAGGCAUACCGACCAAGGCAGUCUAUUGCGCCAGCAUGACCAACACAACUCUACUAAACAAUGUUGCUCAAGGAGAGGAAGCUCGUGAAAAGUUCAUCAACACGGCCAAGGGUAGGAUCCCUAUGGGCAGGUUGGCGGAGCCGACAGACAUUGCCGAUUGUAUAGUUUUCCUCCUCUCUGACGCCGCGAGCUUUAUAACCGGUCAGGUAUUACCAGUCAAUGGUGGAACUGACUGA